AUGGCGUCGCCGUCGUCGGUCGCCGUCUCGUCUCUGGAGACGGAGGCACCCCAGGCUGCCGUGACGAGGGAGCGCAAGCUCAACCCCGACCUGCAGGAGCAGCUUCCCAAGCCAUAUCUCGCGAGGGCAAUGGUGGCGGUGGACGCGGACCAUCCGAACGGGACCGAGGGGCGCGACCCCCGCGGAAUGAGCGUGCUCCAGCAGCACGUGGCCUUCUUCGACCGCAACGGCGACGGCAUCGUCUACCCCUGGGAGACUUUCAAAGGCAUGCGAGCAAUAGGGUGUGGGUUCUUUACAUCCCUCGUUUUCGGGUUCCUCAUCAACCUCGUCAUGAGUUAUCCCACUCAGCCGGGAUGGUUACCCUCCCUUUUGCUCUCCGUCCAUAUAAAGAACAUUCAUAAGGCUAAACACGGGAGUGAUUCUGAAACGUAUGACACUGAAGGGAGGUUUGAUCCAUCAAAAUUCGAUGCUAUAUUUAGCAAGUAUGGUCGUAUUCAUCCAGAUGCGUUGACAAAAGACGAGAUGAACUUGAUGCUUAAGGCAAACCGCAAUAUAUAUGAUUUCCUUGGCUGGAUCGCUGCUAUCGGUGAAUGGCAUUUACUCUACAGCGUGGCAAAGGACAAAGAUGGUCUGUUGCAGCGAGAAACUGUCCGGGGCGUGUUCGACGCGAGUCUAUUUGAGCGACUGCAAGACAGCAAAAAAUCCUCCUGA